GCCACAAAUUCACAUCUCUCAGGCUCUCAACCAAAACCCAAAACAAUGGAACUCAAGUUCUCCACCUUCCUCUCCCUAACCCUACUCUUCUCCUCCGUCCUAAACCCCGCUCUCUCCGAUCUCUGCAACCUCGACGACAAAAAAGUCCUCCUACAAAUCAAGAAAGCCUUCGGCGACCCCUACGUCUUGGCCUCAUGGAAAUCAAACACUGACUGCUGCGAUUGGUACUGCGUCACCUGUGACUCCACCACAAACCGCAUCAACUCCCUCACCAUCUUCGCCGGCCAGGUAUCAGGCCAAAUCCCCGCCCUUGUAGGAGACUUGCCAUACCUUGAAACCCUUGAAUUCCACAAGCAACCCAAUCUCACUGGCCCAAUCCAACCCGCCAUUGCCAAGCUCAAAGGACUCAAGUCUCUUAGGCUUAGCUGGACCAACCUCUCAGGCUCUGUCCCUGACUUCCUCAGCCAACUCAAGAACCUCACAUUCCUCGACCUCUCCUUCAACAACCUCACCGGUGCCAUCCCCAGCUCGCUUUCUGAGCUCCCAAACCUCGGCGCUCUUCGUCUAGACCGCAAUAAGCUCACAGGUCAUAUUCCGAUAUCGUUUGGGCAGUUUAUUGGCAACGUUCCAGACCUGUAUCUCUCCCACAACCAGCUUUCUGGUAACAUUCCAACCUCAUUCGCUCAGAUGGACUUCACCAGCAUAGACUUAUCACGGAACAAGCUCGAAGGUGACGCAUCCGUGAUAUUUGGGCUGAACAAGACAACCCAGAUUGUGGACCUGUCCAGGAACUUGCUGGAAUUUAAUCUGUCAAAGGUGGAGUUUCCGACAAGCUUGACCUCGCUGGAUAUCAACCACAAUAAGAUCUACGGGAGUAUCCCAGUGGAGUUUACGCAACUGAAUUUCCAGUUCCUGAACGUGAGCUACAACAGGCUGUGUGGUCAGAUUCCUGUGGGUGGAAAGUUGCAGAGCUUCGACGAGUAUUCUUAUUUCCAUAACCGAUGCUUGUGCGGUGCUCCACUCCCAAGCUGCAAGUAAAGGCCACAACUGCAGAUUUGCCAGCAAUUUUCGAAUAGUUGCUGUUUAAACAGGUGUGUUUGGUCAUACAAAUAAGCGACCAGUCAUGGCAGCAGUGUAGCUCAUUUAAAAGUAAUUAAUAAGAUUUGUUCAUGCAUUUUACCACUGCAUAUAGAACACAGAUUUAUAGCGAAUAAUCCAUGUAAAAGAAAAGAUUAUAGCGAAUAAACUUGGCCAAUAAUUUACUUGUCGAAAACAGAAACGUAAUAAACUUUGCCGAUCUUUUUUCUA